AUAAGUUUUGUUGAGUUAAAACUUUUGUUGUCUUCAAAAUUAACCCUACGAAUUUGAACUCAGAGAGUGUUUGUUUCGUCUCCGAAUGCUUUCAAUACGCAGAAGCUUAUUGACUCUAGCCAAAGAGCAAAAAGAUUUGUUUUUGUUGUUGUGUAAUCUCCGAGCUCGAUUUGUAUCUACAGAUAACUAUGAUCCACCAUUUUCGCCUCUCUCAAAACCCACUAAACCUCCAAAAGAGAAGAAGAAGACGAAGAAGAAGCAAGAUCAGUCGUCGGAGCUGAAGAUUCCGAUGAUUUCAGACCUUCCUUUCGAUUUUAGGUAUUCGUAUUCAGAAACCAACCCGGAAAUUGAACCAAUUGGAUUCCGUGAACCGAAACGGUUUUCUCCUUUUGGACCGGGUCGAUUGGACCGGAAAUGGACCGGUACUUCCGCACUAGUUUCGCCGGAGAUUGAUCAGAGUCAAUGGGUGGAGGAGAGAGCAAGAGUUCUCGGCGAGCCUUUGACAGAGGAAGAAGUUACAGAGCUUGUUGAACGGUAUCGGCAUAGUGAUUGUUCACGACAGAUUAAUCUCGGGAAAGGUGGUGUGACUCACAAUAUGAUAGAUGAUAUUCACAACCAUUGGAAGAAAGCUGAGGCAGUGAGGAUUAAAUGCUUGGGAGUACCAACUCUUGACAUGGACAACAUAUGUUUCCACCUCGAGGAAAAAUCUGGUGGAAAGAUUGUAUACAGACACAUAAACAUUCUAGUUUUGUACCGGGGAAGGAAUUAUGAUCCGAAGAGUCGUCCCAUUAUACCACUCAUGUUAUGGAAGCCUUAUCCACCGAUAUACCCAAGACUUGUAAAGAAUGUCGCCGAUGGAUUAACAUUUGAAGAGACCAAAGAGAUGAGAAAUCGCGGGAUUCAUUCUCCUGCCUUAAUGAAACUUACUAGGAAUGGUGUCUAUGUUAAUGUCGUGGGAAGAGUGAGGGAGGAGUUUGAAACAGAAGAGAUUGUGAGACUAGAUUGCACUCAUGUUGGGAUGAGUGACUGCAAACGAAUCGGUGUGAAACUAAAGGAUUUGGUUCCAUGUGUUCCCAUAUUGUUCAAAGAUGAGCAAAUCAUACUCUGGAGAGGGAAGAGGAAUGGUGAAGAAGAGCUUUUUUCACUCUGCGAAAACUUUAAUCCGGAACAAUGAUCAUGUGAUCUUGGUUGAUUUGUAUAUUGCAUUACAAAAUAGGGAAGGAUCCAAAUUAUGUAUUUUCGAAAAAUAACUAUGAGUUUCGGUUUGAUUUAGCUCAUAAUUUGAUUUCGGUUUGAUUUAGCUCAUAA